UCCUCCAAUCCCCAGGACCCUCUCCAGGGCCAUUCACAAACAGCAGGAACGUACGCCUCCCCUCCCGGGCACCUUUGCCACCCCUACCCGGGGGCGCUUUAGCGGGGGAGAAGGGCGCUGCGCGCGGCGGCGGGUCCGCAGGCCCAACGGGGUGGCCGCGCGGAGUCCGGCCGGGAUUCGCAGCGGGCGGGGGGCAUGGCCUGGACGGCGCGGGGCCUCGGGGCCCUGGGGCUGCGACUGCUGCUGUCCGGGCUCUGCUUGUGCGCCGCUCAAAGAGGACCCCCGGGCGAGCAGGGUCCCCCCGGGCCCCCGGGCCCCCCUGGAGUUCCGGGCAUCGACGGCAUCGACGGUGACCGAGGUCCGAAGGGUCCCCCAGGCCCCCCGGGUCCAGCUGGAGAGCCGGGGAAGCCGGGAGCUCCGGGCAAGCCGGGCACGCCGGGUGCCGACGGAUUAACAGGACCUGAUGGAUCCCCUGGCCCCGCUGGACCGAGAGGACAAAAUGGAGAACCUGGUGUGCCAGGAUCUCGUGGAUUUCCAGGCCGUGGUGUUCCUGGACCCCCUGGUCCCCCUGGGGCAGCAGGCCUCCCUGGAGAGCUCGGCCGCGUUGGGCCCUCGGGUGACCCUGGGAAAAGAGGACCACCUGGCCCCCCUGGCCCUCCGGGACCCAGCGGAACAAUUGGCUCUCAUGAUGGAGAUCCAUUGUGUCCCAAUUCCUGUCCACCAGGUCACUCAGGAUAUCCAGGCCUACCAGGCAUGAGGGGUCAUAAAGGGGCUAAAGGAGAAAUUGGAGAACCUGGAAGACAAGGUCACAAGGGUGAAGAAGGUGACCAGGGAGAACUGGGAGAAGUUGGAGCUCAAGGACCUCCAGGAGCUCAAGGACUGAGAGGCAUCACUGGCAUAGCUGGAUCCAAAGGGGAAAAAGGAGCUCGAGGCUUCGAUGGAGAGCCUGGGCCUCAAGGUCUUCCUGGCGCACCUGGUGACCGAGGACAGCGAGGGCCUCCGGGGGAAGCAGGUCCCAAGGGAGAGAGAGGGGCUCCAGGUGCUAGAGGAAUUCCUGGCCUCCCUGGGUCCAAAGGAGACACGGGCUUGCCAGGUGUGGAUGGCCGCGACGGGAUUCCUGGGAUGCCUGGAACAAAGGGUGAACCGGGGAAACCUGGGCCUCCUGGUGAUGCGGGAUUGCAGGGGUUACCUGGCGUGCCUGGGAUUCCUGGUGCAAAGGGUGUGGCCGGUGAAAAGGGUAACACAGGUGCUCCAGGGAAACCUGGCCGGUUGGGGAAUUCAGGCAAACCGGGCCAACAGGGGCCGCCAGGAGAGGUGGGGCCCCGAGGACCCCGGGGGCUUCCUGGCAGCCGAGGAGAAAUAGGACCAGUAGGACCCCCAGGCCCUCCAGGUAAACUGGGUUCUCUCGGCAGCCCUGGCCUCCCCGGCUUGCCUGGCCCCCCUGGACUCCCUGGAAUGAAAGGCGACAGGGGUGCAGUCGGUGAACCUGGUCCAAAGGGUGAACAGGGUGCCUCUGGUGAAGAAGGUGAAACAGGAGAAAGGGGUGAACUUGGAGAUAUUGGAUUACCUGGCCCAAAGGGAUCUGCGGGUAACCCUGGGGAGCCUGGCUUGAGGGGGCCUGAAGGAAGUCGGGGGCUUCCUGGAGAGGAAGGACCAAGAGGACCGCCUGGACCGAGAGGCAUGCAGGGAGAACAGGGUGCCACCGGCCUGCCAGGAAUCCAGGGCCCUCCGGGCAGAGCACCAACAGACCAGCACAUCAAGCAGGUGUGCAUGAGAGUCAUGCAAGAGCAUCUUGCUGAGAUGGCUGCUAGUCUCAAGCGUCCAGAUUCCGGGGCCUCUGGCCUCCCUGGCAGGCCUGGCCCCCCAGGUCCCCCGGGACCCCCUGGAGAGAACGGUUUCCCAGGCCAGAUGGGACCUCGUGGCCUCCCAGGCAUUAAAGGCCCCCCGGGUGCUCUAGGUUUGAAGGGGCCUAAAGGUGACUUGGGAGAAAGGGGGGAACGUGGCCCUCCAGGAAGAGGUCCCAAAGGUUUGCCCGGAGCUACAGGUCUCCCAGGUGACCCAGGUCCUGCCAGCUACGGGAGGAAUGGCCGGGAUGGUGAGCGAGGCCCUCCAGGGGUAGCAGGAAUUCCUGGUGUGCCCGGCCCCCCGGGCCCUCCUGGCCCUCCUGGGUUCUGCGAGCCGUCCUCCUGCACCAUGCAGGCUGGUCAGCGAGCAUUCAGCAAAGGGCCCAGUAAGUGAAAGACUUAGUGCUGCCCGGCUGUCUGCAUAAACCAUGCCUGGCCAGGGAGCUUGGAGGAGAAACACCACCGGAAGCUGAGGCAGAGACGACAGUGCAUCACCUUCACCAUUAUUACAGAAGUCCUACUUGACAAUCAGAUUUAGAACAAUGGUGCUAUUCGGUAAAUCCUCUUUCCUUUCCCUUCGAGGGGAGAUAGCAGAGUCAUCAGUAAAAACAAAACAAAACAACCCUCCCUUUAAAUAAAUGUAUAAUCCUGUUCCCAGGAUCUUGAACUUUGGUGUGUUAUACAUAUAAGUGAUAUAUCAUGGGCCUCUGUGCCAAUAAACAAAACAGCAGUUUGGUUUACCUCAGCUGCAGUAGUUACUUUCGUUUUUAUGUAGAUGUUGUCCUCAGACUAUUGUUCAGCGGUUAGAGGAUCAGCAGACUAGAGAUGAGGAAACCCCACUCCAGCCAAUAGAAUCGGUGCUUAAACCUCAUCCACAUGCCCUCUCAGGAAAGCAGAGGGAGUGAUUUCCCGACAUCACGUGUUGGUUUUCGUAGUCAGCCUGCAUUUUUGUUGAACUGUACUGUAUCCCAAACCUGUUAAUAUUUUGAGCUCUUCUAUGUGAAAGCAAAGAAGGAAUUUUAAUAUCCCGCCAUUCGUAAGUUUUAUUGAUGAGAUUAUUUAUUUUAAAGGUUUGAGGUAACCUCUCUGGCUGUACCAAAGAAGAAAUAAAUACGGUUUCUUAAUCUCUUGCAUGUUUUCUUAUAAAGAAUCAUGUUCAAUGAAAAGAAGUCACUGAGCUUAUUUAGAUAUAUUAAAAAAUUUUAAAUUCCUGGUA